GAAAGUCCUUCAAAAACUAAACUAUAGGUACACAUCACUGCUCCCAACAGAAACGGGCCUGAACUUCUAGAAGCUAUUAAGGUUAAGCAGAGGAAUUAAAGGUCAUUACGCUUGAAGAACUACAAAGCGCAACUAAUUUUCCGCCCAGGAUCUAUGAAAUAAAGCGUUUUUACUGAUCCAUUACCUCUAUAAUCUUGAAUACACGCUAUUGCUUAACGCACCAGUUUGUUUAAACGAAAGGAAACACAGUUGUAGGCUAUCACUCUCUCCUGAAAGCUUCAGAGGAACCGCACGCUCCGCUAUGUUCGCAUCGCAUGAAUGGAAUUCUACGGAGCUGUGGCUGAACAACUCCUCGGAGCUCAACAGCUCUCGAAAGGAUUCGGCGGCAGCGGAGGACGAGGAAGGGGAGGAACAUCCGUUCCUAACGGACGCUUGGCUUGUCCCUCUCUUCUUCUCGCUCAUCAUGCUUGUGGGUUUGGUUGGAAACUCCUUGGUCAUCCAUGUCAUCUCAAAACACAGGCAGAUGAGGACCGCCACCAACUUCUAUAUAGCGAACCUUGCAGCUACUGACAUCAUCUUCCUGGUAUGCUGUGUUCCCUUCACUGCCACACUCUACCCUCUGCCUGGAUGGAUCUUUGGGGAAUUCAUGUGCAAAUUUGUUGCCUUCCUUCAACAGGUGACGGUCCAGGCCACCUGUAUCACACUGACAGCUAUGAGCGGUGACCGUUGCUAUGUCACCGUCUACCCCUUAAAAUCUCUCCGCCACCGCACGCCUCGGGUUGCCAUGAUAGUCAGUAUCUGCAUUUGGAUCGGUUCCUUCCUCCUCUCCAUCCCUAUUUUCCUGUACCAGAGGAUCGAAGAGGGAUACUGGUAUGGUCCCAGGCAUUACUGCAUGGAACGCUUUCCCUCUAAGGCCCACGAGAGGGCCUUCAUUCUCUACCAGUUCAUAGCUGCCUACCUCCUGCCUGUCCUCACCAUCUCCCUCUGUUACACUCUCAUGCUGAAGAGGGUGGGGCAGCCUGCUGUUGAACCGGUGGACAACAACUACCAGGUCAACCUGCUGUCAGAGAGGACCAUCUCCAUAAGAAGCAAAAUCUCCAAGAUGGUGGUGGUCAUCGUCCUCCUCUUCACCAUCUGCUGGGGUCCCAUCCAGCUCUUUGUGCUUUUCCAGUCUUUUUACCCUGACUACCAGCCCAACUAUGCCACCUACAAGAUCAAGACGUGGGCCAACUGCAUGUCUUACACCAACUCCUCUGUCAACCCUUUCGUUUACGGCUUCAUGGGCGGCAGCUUCAGGAAGUCCUUCAGGAAGACCUUCCCUUUCCUCUUCAAGCACAAGGUGAGGGACAGCAGCGUGACAUCGCGAACUGCCAACGCCGAGAUCAAGUUUGUGGCCGCGGAGGAAGGCAACGUCAACAACAACAACAGUGAUGAGAAAUGACUACAGGAAGUAAAAACAACAUAAAUGACUACAGGAAGUAAAAACGACAUGAAUGACAACAGGAAUGAAUUACAAGAACCAUGAUAGAGAGAAGCAUCAUUUACUGUGUGUGUUGACUGUUUUUCAUGAAACAGAGCAUUCAUUGACAACAUAUUCACUAUUACAGUAAACAUGGGACCAUUUGAGAUCAUUGAAUGUAAUAACUGAAAUAAUUGGAAUCACAGAUUAUGCAGUUACAGAAUGAUUUGAUUGACAAUCUAUAUGACCUUGUAAUAACUCAAAUAUGAAAUUACAAGCUCUUCUUGAUUAUUAAAGCCAUUCGUUACCCAAUGAAAAAACAAACAGAUAGACGCAUGCUUCCUGAAUGGAGAGAUGGAUGACUGUAGAAAUGCUGUCACAUGCAGACUCAGAUGCCAGGUCUAUUGAGGACUGCCAGAUGUGUAAGAACCUGCAGUAGCAGCGAAGUGGGUAAUGAGGCACGGGCUGUGUUUACUCUGUUAUUAUGUUCCACCAUAACGCCUCCCCAACAUACAACACAGAGCACAAGUGUCAGGUCAGGCGGCCAGCCGCACCCUCAUGGGAAUGCAAGAAACCAAGAUUCCUAUGGCAUGACCUUACCUAACUCGGCCCCCUUCUUUUUCCUGAGAAAGAACCCAUCUAGGAUUAAGUUAUUCAAACUGUGAUCCCCCUCGUGUUGCCAGCCUUUUGUCUCUAUUUCAAUUGCAUAUCGGAAAAUCUGUGCUGUUGAAACAGAAUUUAAUUAAACCACAUUCUUCAUUUAGCUUUGUUUGAAGAUGAAGAGAGUAGGUCUUUUUUAUUUCACAGAAGGAUUUAACAUAAUAUUGAAGGUCAAUUAGAACAUCGUACAUUGAUGGGUUGUGAAAAUUAAUAUCCUGAAAGACCUGCCUUCCAGCACCUACUUUAUGUAAAAUAGCCAACUGUGAAUCACAUAGAUUUACCUCUCUUGAAUAUUUGCUAUGACCAGACAGCCUGGAUGUAGUCAGAUCUGUCUCAAUGGCCAGCAACUCCAGAGUUCAGUACAGUCAUUUCAGAGGAUUCUGAUGAUGCUUCAUGGUGUUAACAUGUCUGUUCUUACACCACUUAUAUGUUUUAAAUUGUAUGUUGACCUUUCUGUCCUGUGUACUAGAUGGAUAGAUAGUUUUAAUUGUCAUUCAACAGUACAGACCGGAUAGACCGAAAGAUAGCAUAUAAAUGCAGAAAUCCCAUUCAAACAGCGGCAUAUAAAUACAGUUGUUGCAUAUCACAGACCAGUUCACAUGAGGCUCACUGUAAGGCAUUGAGAUGUUGUGAUUAGGGGUUGCUUUUCCUUCCUGCUGCAGUCUCAGUUUCAGAUCAGGAAAUAUAGACACCAGACACCAGUAAAUACAGUAAACAAUAUGAAUCCAGUAGUUUACAAUUGUGUAUAUUAGAAUAAUGUAUUCAUAAACACAUUUGUCUGUGGUUGUGUUGUUGUCGC